AUGGCGAGCUCACCGCCAGCUUCUCCAGGGAGUAGUCUGCCCACACGCCCACUGAGUGCUAUGGUCCGUCCAGCUCCAGCUCCAGCUCCCACUUCCGCUCCGCGAAGCAGCAGCCGCAUGAGCCUGGGCAGCAGAACCCGGCGGGAGCAAGGCGUCCGACGAGGACUCUCGCACCGCCGUCAAACUAUCCGCGUCCGGCCGCCGCUCAAGCCGACCGACCCAGGCUAUGAACUUAUUCCUCAGCGCUUCCAGCGACCUGUUGUUCAGGUCCACUCAAACACCAGCCUGUCUAUCGAGUCGCCCCAAGGCCGCAAGCUUUUUGUCUUUGACCGUGUCUUUGGGCCCGAGGUUGACCAGGCCGGGAUAUGGGAGUAUCUCGAAGACGCGAUCAACGCCUUCACCGAGGGCUACAAUGUAUCCAUCCUUGCCUAUGGCCAGUCUGGCGCUGGCAAGUCUUAUACUAUGGGCACCGCAGGGCCCGCUGAACAGGAGAACCCCGACUCCAUGGGCGUGAUCCCGCGUGCUGCGCAUGUUCUGUUCGAGAAACUAUGGGGUCCCAAAGAGAGGAAUCCCAACAGAAAUUCAAUGUCGGGGUUGCGUGCGCCAACGCGGUAUUCUACUCCUCCCGGCACGCUCAACCGAGAAAAGAACUGGACCCUGCGCGCCUCGUAUGUCGAAAUCUACAACGAGCAGCUGCGGGACCUGCUAGUCCCCGAGCAUAUCCCGAUGCAUGAGCGCGAACAGGUCGGCAUCCGCCAGGAUACCAAGGGCAAUAUUAUUCUGACUGGCUUGCGUCACGUCGAGGUUAACUCGGUUGAGGAACUGAUGGCUGUGCUGGCCCAGGGCUCGACCUUGCGCCAGACUGACGCGACUGCUGUCAACGCCCGCUCCUCACGUUCGCAUGCCGUCUUUAGUUUGAACCUUAUGCAGAAGAAGAAUCGGCUCCAGUCAACUGAAGGCCAGGAGAAGCGGUAUUCUAUGCCACUUGAGGCCCUGACUGGCGGUGAUUUAACAGUAACUAUUGACAGCAAGAUGCACUUUGUUGAUCUGGCUGGUAGCGAGCGUCUCAAGAACACUGGUGCCCAGGGUGAACGCGCCAAGGAGGGUAUCUCCAUCAACGGCGGUCUGGCUGCCUUGGGCAAGGUCAUCUCGCAGCUGUCAUCGAGACAGCCCGGUGCCCACGUAUCAUACCGUGAUUCCAAGCUCACACGCUUGCUUCAGGAUUCACUGGGCGGCAACGCUAUCACAUACAUGAUCGCAUGCGUGAACCCAGUUGAGUUCCAUCUGAGUGAGACGCUGAACACGGUUCAAUAUGCACAACGCGCCCGGGCCAUCCAGAGCAAACCCCGCAUCCAGCAAGUGGAUGAGGGUGGUGACAAGCAAGCUAUAAUCGACCGGCUCAAGGCUGAGGUAGAAUUCCUGCGGGAACAGAUCCGAAGCGCAGAGCGCAAGGGUGGGACCCUGGCCCCAGGGGAGAGAUCUGAGCGCGAGAUCGAGCUGCAGAACCGCCUGCUGGACGCCGAGGAAAAUUACCGUGCCCUCAGCACUCGCCACGCGAAGCUCAUCGCCGAGAUGGCUAAGGCCCGCGAAGCUGAGGUCGCCGAGCGCGAGCUUGCUGAGAGCGCCGAGACUGCCGACGAGCGCAUCAACCGCUCCAACAGCUUCGCCCAGGCUGUCGAACAGGUCGUCCUCGAGUAUGAGAAGACCAUCCAGGCGUUGGAGCACUCCCUUGCCAGCACCCGUGCUACUCUUGCUAUCACCGAGGGUAACCUGCUGGAGAAGGAGACGCGCUGUGCCUAUACUGAGACGAUCAACAGCCAGCUGCAGGCCCGCCUGCAGAAGCUUAUGGACCGCGAGGCCAGUACCGAGCACUACCUGCACGAUCUCGAGGCCAAGCUCGACGGCUACACCGAUAUUGACGAACGCAAUGCCGCCAUCAUUGCCGAGCUUCGUAAGGAGGUUGCCCGCGCCCGUGAGGCCGAGGCCAACUGCGAGGACUACAUCUCGACCCUUGAGGAACGUCUGGCUGAGGCCGACCAGGACGCCGAACUGAUGCAGCGUGAGAUUGACCGUCUUGAGCAGAUCGUUGAGCGCCAACGUAGCCUUGGAAAGCUCGACUCGUUGUUGUACGAACUCGACAAUAUUCAGCAACAGGAUGGCGUCGAGGAUCCAGCUGCUCCCGGUCUGAGCAACGGCGCCGGCCAUCGUCGUACUGCCAGCCGAAGCAUCGAGCACCACUCGCGCAGCCAGAGUCACGUCAGCCGCCACAGCCAGCUCGAAGAUACCAUUCCGGAGAGCGAGCAGGAAGACAUGGAGGAUGGCGCUGUCGCGCCGCCGCCGCCGCCUGCGACGACCGUCCGUGGCCAUGGGCGGAAGAAGGCUGCCUCGAUCGGGUCUCGUACUGGUCACUCCGUCGACUACUCAGCCAACGCCGCCCAGAACAAGUUCAUGGCUGACAAGCUCGAGUCCGUCACCCAGGAGCUGCUUGACCUGCGUGCCGAACACGAGAACACGCUCAACGAGAUGGACCUGCUGCAGGCUAAGUACGAGGAAGCCCUGCGUGCGCUUGCUGAGCUGCAGGAUGUUGUUGACGAGACUCGUCAUCCUGCCCCCCGCCCGAGAGACUCGAUCCUGUCGGUUGCUGAGAACACUCGCCCGCCGUCGCUCCUGUCGGAUUCCAGGACGCACGAGACCCGCGAGGGUGCCCAGCCCUCGUCGAGGUCUUUGUCGUCGGAGCUCUCCUCGGCCAUGGAGACCCCCGCUACGCCGGUCGAUACGUCGGCUUCGGAUGCCGAGACUGCUGUCCUCCCUCCCAAGUCCUCGCCGCCGCUGCCAGUACAUGAGGCUACUCAGGCCGAGAUCCUGGCUACCGAACUCGAGCGUCUCAAGGCCAUCGCUGCUGAGCGUGAGGCAGCCGAGAAGGAGCUUGCUGAGCGCUAUGCGCAGCUCGAGGCGCAGCACCAGCAGACGCUGGAUAUGGUCGAAGAGCUCAAGACUGAGGUUGCCAAGGCCCAGGCCCAGGCAGCAGCCGCUAGUAGUGGCCCGACCUCGCCCUCCCCUGUCAUCCGCCGCAAGUCGAGCCAGAAUAUCGUUGGUAUUGACCGUGCACACCGCUCCUUCGCCUCACUGCGCAAUAUUGCCGCCGAAAACUUUGAGAACCAGCCCGAAGUCAUGCAGAACUUCGAGCUCAACCUCAACGCGGCCAUGCACGAGUUGCACUCCAAGGCGGAGCGCAUACAGGAGCUUGAGGCCGAUGUCGCGACGGCGAAGAGGGAGAUGGAGACCAAGAUGACCAUCAUUUCGGGCCUGACGCGCGAACGGUCUAGCCUCAACCUGGACCACGCUAUGGUCUCGGGUUUGAGGGAACAACUCGAGAAGAGCGAGGAGAGGAUCCGUGAGCUUCAGGAGAGCCACGCCAAGAGGGAGAAGGAGCUUGAGGAGAAGGUAGCCGAGUUGAAUGAGAGCUUGAGGCUGAUGAAGGAGGCCGCGGAGAAGCAGGAGAGUGAGGCGAAGAAGGCUGCUGAGGAGGCGGAGAAGAAGGUUGAGCAGAUGAGAAAUGAGCUGGAGAAGGUCAAGGAGGAGGCUGCUGCUGCCAGAGAGGUCGCAGAGGAGAAUGUUGCCAAGGAGCCUGCGGCUGAGGAUCCUCCUAAGCAGGCUCCUGAAGAGAAGGUCGCGGAUGGAUCCUCCAAGGAGGAUGUCUUUGACAAGGACGAUGCUACCGCUGUGGCGGCUGAGGUUGCCUCUCUGCGCGAGUCGCUCAAGAAGGCUGAGGAGUCUGAGGCUAGCGCUAAGGCUGCUGCUGCUGACUCGGCCGCUCUGGUUGAGAAGCGUGAGCAGCGUAUUGCUGAGCUCGAGACCGAGCUUGUCCAGUGGGAGGAGCGCCAUAAGGCGGCGCUACAGAGCGCUACAGAGGCCGAAGGCCGGCUUAAGGAUACAAUCAGCGACCUCGAGGCCAAGAUUGCGUCCAUCUCGGCGCAGCUGGCCGAGGCUGAAAUCAACCAGAAGGCUGUCGAACAGACGCCCCAGGUGGAUCCCGAGGAGUUGGUCCAGAAGGCACUCCAGGAAGCCGAAGAGAAGCACAAGAAGCUGGUCGAGUUCCUGCGCAACGAGAUUGAUGAGUACAAGGAGCUCAUCAAUACCAACCAGGGCAAGGUCGCUGAGGCCGAGGCCCAGCACGCCGCCACCAAGAAGCUGCUCGAGAUUGCGGCUGCUGAUCGUGAUGCCGCCGCAAGCGAGGCCCAGGCCAGCAGGGAUCUGGUGGCCAAGCUCGAAGCCCAGGUUGCUGACUACGAGCUGACCAUCAAGGCCCAUCAGGAAAGCUUGCAUGAGUUGCAGAGCAAGCAUGAGCAGGAGAUCGAGCAGAUCAUGGCUACCUCGAAGCAGGAACACGAGGCUGAGAUCGCCAAGAUCAAGGCUGAGCAUGCCAUCCGCGUGCGCCAGCUUGAGAGCGAUCUGACGGAGGCCCGGGAGGACCUGAUGAAGGUGGCCACUCAGGUUGCUUGGACAAUGGGCCUUGAGGUCAGUGUUGAGAAGUUGUCAGAGCGCAUUGAGGAGUUGGCUGCCGACCAACGGGCGCUAGUGGCUGAACAGGAGAAGAGGGCCGAGUUGGAACAGCAGUUUGUUGAGCUCAGCAAUAUCAACGAUACCAUUCUGCGGGAUCUAGAGACCGUGAGGAUGGGUCUGGCCGAAAUUAUUGAGAGCGACAGCACGGGCAAGCCGACACGGGCGAAGAGUCCAUACCAGCUCGUUGACCAGGUGGCCAUGGUCAAGCAGCGGGUUGCCGAGCUCGAAGCCAAGAACGAGAAGAACUCGCGCGUGGUUGAAGAGCUCGAGCAGCAGUUGCAGAAUAAUUUUGACCAGAAUAACCGGCUGUCAACCCUGCAGAUGGAGAAGAAUGCUCAGCUUCAGGAGGCUACCGCGGCCAAGCAGCGCCUGGAGAGGGAGUUGGAAGCUAUCAAGGAGGAUUACAACGCCCUGCAGGCCAAAUACGAAUCUCUUCUAACCGGCCGUGCCGACUCCCCCAACAAGGUCCGCAAGUCCUCGUCGGUUACCUCGCUGCCGUCCCCGCCGCCAGCUAUCCCACUGCCACCGCUCCCCAACGGCGCGACGGCCUCCGGCUUAGGCACCACCUCGCCCACGCCACGUCCACCCAGCAAAGACAUCGGCCCGGCCUCCUCAGCCGCUACUCUCGCCUCCCAGAUCCAAGAAGAUCAGGAAGCCCGCAUCCGCCUCAUCGAAAAGCACCUCAAGGCCGAAAAACAGCUCACAGCGACCCUCGAAGAGGCCCUCACCGACCUGGAGCGGCAGCAGGCCGCUCUCCGGCAGGAAACAGACAUGUGGAAGCGGCGCGCCGAGGCGCUCGAGACGGAGUGCAAGGAGCUGCGCGAGAAGGCGACGCAGUGGGAACGCCAACAGGAGAGCAACCGCUGGAGCAUGCAGCAGGUCGAGGAAGAACGGCGCAAGAGGCGCGAUGCCGAGAUCGCCCGGCAGCAUCUGGAGGAGAGGAUGCAGGCGAUUGGAAAGAAGAAGAAGAAGGGAAGCUUGAACUGCUUUUAG